AUGGCGUCCUCUCUCGGAGGGGGGGGGGGCGCGUCUUCUCGCUUUCGCCGCCGCCCGUCGUGUUCAUCAUACCCCCACCACCCCUGCUCGCCAUCUGAUCUUUCUGCCAAGCACUUGCCGAUCACUCCAGCGGCACUGAGAGCGGACUCGGCCAAACUGCCUCCUGCCAAUCACGGUGUCUUUAACCGGAAGUGCGAGCCGGACAGCUGUGAUUCAGCAACUUUACUGCAGCUUCUGCCCGCCAGCUGUCAGCAGAGGGCCCCGUCGCGGUGCUCCGGGCCAGCCAAUUACUGUCCAGGCGCCGCCAGGACUUGCUCAGACAACCGGCGCCUCCCGGAGGGAUCUACCAGCACCCACCCGGGUGACGGACGGGCCAGUCGGGGUCAAGCGCCGGGGUCGCUCUGCGCCGUCUUCCCCUUAAUGGAUCUGACAAACAGGAACGGGGCGCGGUCGGAAAAGGAAAUGCGAGCUAGUGGGUCCAUGCCGAUGACUUCUGUUUUGUUUGAUCAGCCGUUUUACUGCCAACAACGUUUGACAACAGUUAAGUUUCACAGAUUCCUCAGUAAAUUCACCAAAACGUCACCGUGGAGUUAUCGAGUCUGUUUAGCUGAUUGGAGAGCUAGCUUCCGCAGCUAGUGGGUCCAUGCCGACGACUUCUGUUUUGUUGGAUCAGCCGUUUUACUGCCGACACCGUUUGACAACAAUUAAGUUUCACAAAUUCCUCAGUAAAUUCACCAAAACGUCACCGCAGUUAGUGGGUCCACGCCGAUGACUUAUGUUUUGUUUGAUCAGCCGUUUUACUGCCUUGUUACAGACACAGUUUGACAACAAUUAAGUUGGCGCCCCCCAGUGGUGAUGUGAGGCAAUGACAAGUAUGGACAACAACAAGACAACAAAACCGGGACCGCCUUGUUCAGUUCCUGCUCAUCUACUCCGCACUGGGACUCGAACCUGGGUCUUCCAGUAUGAGAGAGAUGAGCGUGCCAGCUGUUGAGCGUUCGACGUGGUGGCCAGCACUGCUCUUGAGGUGGCCAGGGACCCUAAAGAGUAACUCUACCCUAAACCUUCAAACCCUAACUUCCAAGAGUAAACCCAAACCA